UUGCAUUCAAGCAAACAAUAAUAACUAUUAUUUCUCCUAGAGUUCCAAUAUAAUGAAGUUUAUCUUAUCAUCUUUGGGAUCCAAGUUUUUCUGUUUUAAGCUUCAAUGUUACCUGUUUUUAGUACUCAUUGGAGGAGUUUCAGCUCAACUAACACCAAAUUUCUAUUCAAACUCAUGCCCAAAUUUACUCUCCACAAUCCAAUCCGUUGUUCAAUCUGCUGUGAGAAACGAGGCUCGCAUGGGAGCAUCCUUGCUUCGGCUUCAUUUCCAUGAUUGCUUUGUUAAUGGUUGUGACGGUUCGAUUUUACUUAACGAUACUGCCAACUUUACUGGAGAAAAAACUGCAGCUCCAAAUAUUAAUUCCGUGAGAGGCUUUGAGGUGAUUGACGCCAUAAAAGCUCGGGUUGAGAGUAUAUGUGCCGGUGUUGUUUCUUGCGCCGAUAUUUUAGCAGUUGCUGCUAGAGACUCCGUAGUUGAGCUUGGUGGACCAAGUUGGACCGUGCUACUAGGAAGAAGAGAUUCAACUACAGCAAAUUUAACUGCAGCUAAUGUCAAUCUCCCUGCUCCAACUAUGAAUAUAAGCCAGCUCACUAAAAUGUUCUCUGACCAUGGACUUAAUCCACAAGAUUUGGUUGCUUUAUCAGGAGCUCACACUAUUGGUGUUGCAAAAUGCUCCAAUUUCCAAAAUCGCCUCUCACAAGACUCCAACAUAAACCCCACAUUUGCUUCAUCUUUACAAGGAACUUGCCCUAGUGAUGGGUCAGGGGCCAACAACACCGUGCCACUCGACAAAACCCCAACGACGUUUGAUAAUGUCUACUUCAAUAACUUGUUGAGUUCACAAGAUCUUCUUCACUCCGACCAGGAAUUGUUCAAUGGUACCGGAUCAACAGACUCUAUAGUCUCGUCUUAUAGUUCAAAUUCUUCAACAUUCUUCAGAGACUUUGCCAAUGCAAUGAUAAAGAUGGGCAACAUAGAUGUUCUUACGGGCACAAAUGGAGAAAUCAGAACCAGUUGUUGGAAGACCAACACUGAUGCUUCAACCUUGAUUGAAGAGAAGAUUUUCGAUAUAAUCACAACUCUCUUUGAUGUCUAAGGAGAUAUGGGAUUACCGAAAGAAACUUAAACUUCCUUACAUAUAUAUAUAAAAAGGAUUCUACUUGUGCUUUAGGUGUGGUGUAUUUUAGUAAACUAAGGAAGACUAUGUGUAUUCUAGUAAACUAAGACUAUAUGACAUACUAUGUAUCAAUGUAUAUAUGUGAAACAACUAGCUACUAAGAAAUAGGAAUAACCUACCAAUGGUAUUAUCCAAGGUAUCAUCCAUAUAUAUACCAAUAUGCAUGGUAUAUGAUUUGUAUUAAACACUUGGUAGAUACUCAUUGUAAAGCAAGAUAGUAUUAUCAUAAAUAAUAUGGACCAAUAUAAUUUUAUA